CCCCCUCCGAACUAUGCCCUAGUCUGUGGUAAGUAAUUGUUGCCACAAUUAAGGCUGACUCUAUGCUACUUCGGUCACCUUCUCUGGCUCUGUUUCAUUACCAGGAUGUCAAGUAGCCGUGAAGGUCUGACAGUUUCACUUAGGUGCCCAGCUAACUCCAGCCCUCUGUAGGUGACAGUCCUCAGAAACUGAGGCACAGACUGAGACUGUGUCUCCCCUACUUGGCAUGACAAUGCACACACUCGACACAGAAAGGAGGAACAAGCAGUCCCCUCACUUAACCACCCUCUCACUCAUCACAGGCAGAAGGAAUGUGAAGCAACCAGCUGUCACAGUGCCUGAGCACUGUGUUCAGCAUACUAUCAUCAGAAAAGUGCCUGUCAUCCAUCUGAGAGCUGGGAAGACAGCCCUCCCCAGCUGUCUGUCACUCCUUCUCCACUAAUGCUUCUGCAUUAAGUGCAGCCCUAGUCCUUCCUUCGAAGAGGAUGCCUUCACUGCCACAGCAUGCAAAAUUUGUGGUCACCUUCAGACCGCUCAUAAACCUGUGUCCAGCCAAAACAGGAUGAGAACGACGGUCUCAAAAACAAGAGACACUGGAGGGACUGAGCUACUGAGGCACUGACUCUGGCCGGGACAAUGACCGAAGCAGGGCUCCGCGUCCCUCGCUCGAGCUGCCUAGUGAACAACGCCAGCGCCCUCUCUGCGGCCCGCGCCGUGGACCCGCGGGCUCUAGGACCCGGGCUCCGCGGCCUGCGCCAUGGCGUGCGGCGGAGGAGACAUGGGCUGCCGCGGCGCCGGGCCGCAGCGCAACACUUGCCGGCGGCCUCCGCCCCAAUGCGCUCGCCUGGUCUGCGUUAACAGGGGAGAUCCGAAACCGACGGGAGAGCCGGGGCACCGCGGCGGGAAGCGUCCUGAUGCCCUUCUCAGGUGCGCCGGACAGCUUCACCUCCAGCUGCUGCUGGUGCCCGGCGCCUCUGAGAGUUCUCUGCGGCCUGCCCGGCUUGGUGGUGACUCUGAAAGAUGGGAAAACAGAAAAAACGCCUUCAGAGAUCUGUCUAAAAUAAACCAAGAAACAGAAGAUCUAUGAAGAACUAACUUAUCCGAAUGAGCUCUGUCUCUGAAGAUCUGGGUUGCAGACGUGGAGAGUUUAGCAGAAAGCACUAUGGAUCUGUGGAGCUUCUUAUAUCUAGUGAUGCUGAUGGAGCCAUCCAAAGAGCUGGAAGAUUCCGUGUGGAAAAUGGCUCCUCUAAUGAGAAUACAGACUACACUCCAGGAACAUGGCACAGAACGGAUGUGCAUUUGGAAAAUCCAGAAUAUUAUACAAGAUGGUAUUUCAAAUAUUUUUUAGGAAAAGUUCAUCAAAAUUACAUAGGUACAGAUGCAGAGAAGAAUCCUUUCUUUCUGUCUGUUGUACUCUCUGACCAAAAUAAUCAGCGUGUUCCCCAAUACCAUUCUAUUCUUUGGAGAAAAACAGGUACUCAGAAAAUAUGUCUCCCUUACAGUCCCACAAAAACAUUAUCAGUGAAAUCUAUAUUGAGUGCUAUGAGUCUUGAGAAAUUUGAGAAGAGCCCAAGGGAAAUUUUUCAUCCUGAGAUACAAAAGGAUUUAUUGGUUCUUGAAGAGCAAGAGGUAAAUGGAUCUGUGAAUUUUAAAUUUGGAGUCCUUUAUGCUAAGGAUGGGCAGCUUACAGAUGAUGAAAUGUUCAGCAAUGAAACUGGAAGUGAGAGCUUUCAAAGAUUUUUGCAUCUCUUGGGCGACACAAUUACUUUGAAAGGCUGGACAGGCUACAGAGGAGGACUGGACACAAAAAAUGAUACAACAGGAACCUGUUCCAUCUAUACAGUUUACCAAGGGCAUGAAAUUAUGUUCCAUGUUUCAACCAUGCUACCAUAUUCUAGAGAGAACAAGCAGCAGGUAGAAAGGAAGCGGCAUAUUGGAAAUGACAUUGUCACUAUCGUAUUUCAGGAAGGAGAAGAAUCUUCUCCAGCAUUCAAGCCGUCGAUGAUUCGCUCUCAUUUUACACAUAUUUUUGCCUUAGUGAGAUAUAAUAAGCAGAAUGAUAGUUACAGGCUGAAAAUAUUUUCAGAAGAAAGUGUUCCUCUCUUUGGGCCUCCACUUCCAUCCCCCCCUGUGUUUACAAAUCACCAGGAAUUCAGGGAUUUUGUGUUAGUGAAAUUAAUAAAUGGUGAAAAAGCCACAUUGGAAACCCCAACGUUUUCUCAGAAACGUCAGCGCACUCUAGACAUGCUGAUCCGCUCUUUAUACCAGGACCUGAUGCCUGAUCUACACAAGGUAAAUAACAUGCUCAAUAGAAGGUCUUUCAGUGAUGUGUUGCCAGAAUCCCCGAAAUCAACACGGAAAAAAGAAGAAGCUCGGCAAGCAGAAUUUGUCCGACUUGGUCAGGCGCUGAAAUUGAAAACCACUGUGAAAGGGGAUACACCAGCUACCCUGGCAACCACCAGCUUUUGUAAAAAGGAGCCUUGGGAGUCCCAAUCUUUCUGCAGUAAUUUUCCUCAUGAGGUUGUCUGUGCAGAUUCCUGGGGCCAGUCCUUGCUGGUUUCUACAGAUGCUGGCAUCUUGUUAAUUGAUGAUGGUCAGCCAUCAGUUCAAGUAUUUGAUAAAACACUCCAAAUAAAGCAGAUGCAUGUGUUGGAAGCUCUGGAUCUUUUGAUUGUCCGAACAGACAAAGGGAAAGACUCUCGUCUCCUUGUCUUCAGAUUGAGUGCUGUCCAAAAAGAUAUAGAAACAAAGCAGAUGAUAAGAAGCAAAUAUGACUGCAGAGAAAAUAAAUUGGAGAGAACAAAAGGCUGCCAUUUAUAUGCCAUUAAUACUCACCAUGGCAGUGAACUCAGGAUUGUUGUGGCUAUUCGGAACAAACUACUUCUCAUCACAAAGAAAUACAAUCCAUGCAACAGUUUAACCAGCAGCUCUCUGCUAUCAUUACCUGAAUCUCCAGUAGACGAGUUCCAGUACAUCCGGGAAAUAUGCCUUUCUGACCCUCCAGUAGUUAUGACACUGGUGGAUGGACCUACUGGAGACAGUGACAAUAUGAUCUGUGUGGCAUAUCGGCAUCAGUUUGAUUUAGUUAAUGAAAGUACUGGGGAGUCCUACAGACUGCAUCAUGUUGAAGCCAACAAAGUUAAUUUUGUUGCAGCUAUUGAUGUAUAUGAAGAUGGCGAAGCUGGCCUACUGCUAUGUUACAACUAUGUUUGCCAAUAUAGAAAGGUGUAUCCUUUUAAUGGAGGUUCUCCACUCGUCCAGUCAUCGGCUUAUGACUUUCACUUUAGCUGGAAUCAAGUUCCUUAUGCUGUUGUCUGUGCUUUCCCUUAUAUCCUUGCCUUCACUACUGAUUCCAUUGAGAUCCGAUUAGUGGUGAAUGGAAACUUAGUCCACACAGCAGUUGUGCCUGAGCUUCAACUUGUAGCAUCAAGGUCAGAUAUUUAUUUUAAAGCUACUGCUGCAGUAAGGGGAUCAUCUCAUAGCAGUUCUAAGGAAAUGAGUUCAAGGAGUUCUCCUCAAACACCGACGGCUUAUGAAAUGCCAGAAUGUCCUCUUUCUUCUUCAGAAGGUGAAGUUCUGGGCAAAAACCUGUACAAAAUUCCUCUCAGUAAUCUGGUUGGGCGAAGCAUUGAACGACCUCUGAAGUCACCUUUGACUCCCAAAGUCAUCACUACUCCAACAUCUAGUGGUGUUACCUCUCUUCCUGUUACUCACUCACUAUCCUUAUCUCGUAUGGAAAUUAAAGAAAUUGCAAGCAGAACACGUAAAGAAUUGCUAGGCCUUUUGGAUGAGCCUAUUCCCAAGACGGAAGGUGCACAGAAGCAAAAAAAGGCUCCUCGAAGACAGUCAGAUCCCAAGCAGGGAGCGGUAAGGUCAACUAGUAGUGACAGAAUAAUCUCAACUUCUUUUGAAAGCUUUUCUGAGAGUCGUCAUCUUUCCACUAGUUCAGAUCCUGAUACUGUACCAAACAGAGAGGAGAGCUCACCAUCUAGCUAUCCAUUCCAUCUGACUUCUUUAUAUGAUGAGGACAUCAUUGACUUGAAGUGAAGACAGACAGACUGUUCCUUACUUCACCUUUUCUUACAGAUCUGUGAGCUCUGUAGGAAUGUCACAAACACUGCUUCUAGUGGUAAAAUGUGGCUGGAAGUAUUGGUGAUUAAUUUUUAUAGAUCCCAUGUUGUUCUGGCUUGCUUGGCCUGAUUUCGUGAUGCUUACAUCUUUGACACAUGUAUGUUUUCUUAUCUCAGUUAAUGAAACAUUACUUUUUGUGGCAUUCUAAAGGUAGGUAAUGAAUGAGAGCUUCAGGCUGAAAACAAAGUAAAAAGCAUUCUUUAUUCUGAGCUUCUUAUAUUUGAAGUACCUGAAUCAAAGUGGCAUUCAGGUAAGUUAAUUGCUGUUACUAAUAUCAUGAGCUGUUUUACAAGUGUGCACCAUGUAGAAAAAAAAUUGAUAAUGUAAAUCACUCAUUUUGUUUUUCAUUCUUAAAAAAAAAAAUGCUUGUAGACAAGGUCUUUCCAGACAGUGCAAGUGCAGUCUGUCCUUGAGAUGAUGGAGCUGUGUUUUAUUCAUUGAGGAACAAUGGUUAUUCUAUAAAGAUCAGGUAACACGAACGUGCUGUUUUCUUUUCUCUGACCUGUCCUUGCACGUUUAUUUUUUUUUAAGAGAAACUUGGAAACUGUUUUGGCAUUAAGAAUCUUUGAGUAGAAGGACUUUUUAUAAGAAAAUACAAGCUUUCAAAUCUUCCAUAAAAUUGAAAGUCAAAAAUACAUUGUAUUUCUCCACUAUUGGAAUGCUGUUUCUGUAGUGCACCUGCAGAUUUCCUCAUUAGAGGCAGAAGCCCGUGCCCUGAUUUUCUUUCUGACUACACAAAGAUUCCUGUGCUGGCAUCAGAAUUAACUGUUGUCUGCUUUUACACCAACAAUAGAAUUCAUUGCUUCAAGUAAACAUAUUUUUUCUAAAUGGACCGGGAUGAAGUUUUACUGCCAAGAAGCUAGUUUUCUAUGAUGAAAUAGUCAUAUUAGAUCUUUUGCUUUGUUAAAGGACAGUAUUUCAUCAUUAAAGCUUGAUUUUUUUUAACCCUUUCCUCUAUGCCAAAAAUCAAUUUUAAACAAUGUUUUGAAGGGGUUUGCUGUUUUUCAUGAAAAAGUGAUGCUUCCAGGCUUUUUAUAUAUGAAGAUUUGGGCUUUAUUAGGGUAUUUCUUGCUCUUUAUGUGGAAAUAUUUCUGUAUCCUUGAUUUAUUUUGUAAUACCAUUUGUGUGUCAUGAUUUCCCCUUUCCAAGCAUGACAUCUGGUGAUUUGUGCCUUUUGCCUCAGUCUGUCUGAAUGUAAAACUUUUUUUUUUUUGCAAAGUUUCAUGGUAUAUAAUGACUUUAUUUCUCCACCUAAGAAAAUAUGCAAGGCCUUAACUGAAAGGAUUACUUCUUAUUCUCAGUCAGAGUGGCUGAUCAAGAAAAGAAGCAAUAUUUUAAACAUUAAUUAGUACAGGAGCAGAAGCAGUAUUAACCAGUGGCUACUUGUACUUUAGUAUUUUUGCACCUAAAUAUGUAUGGGGUGAACCUUAGUAAACACCUGGAAGUGCCACCUCAGAGUCUUUGCAAGAACUUGUAAUUCUUUUUGAGAAUGUCUCUGGGGAAAAACAAAAACAAAAAACAGUAUUCAUUUACUCUGUUCUACUUAUCUGGUUAGCUAUGGUUUAAAAAACAAUCAGUCUCAAAGUAUCAUGUAAUCCUUAUUCUGCUGCAAGUUGUAACCACUUGUGUGGACUCCUUGAAUCAAUUUUAGGGGAAGCACUGUUUGGGCUUGGAUGUUCUUAGAAAGCAGAAGCAUCACCUUUUUCCAUAAACAGGUUUCUCAGUGUAGUAUUUUUAUUUCUGUUGUGUGGGUGUUUUUGAAGACUGUACUAGUGUUCUGCAAAACUCAGGCUUUAAUUAAAACAAAACUAACUGGAAAGUUUGCUUUGAACUUUUAGAAUAUCAGAUUUUAAAUGUAUUGCAGAGGUUUACUUCUGCUAUUCUAGCAUGAUUUAACAUGAUUAAAUGAUAGUGUGAUAGUAGUUGAAUAUACAUGUGUAUACAUAUGUUGAUUAGAAAACUUGUUUGAAGAGCCUGAACGAACACAUAUUUAGGUAUUCUGAAAUACAUAAAAAGACGUUAUAGAUGGAGCAGUAGAGAGAUCAAGAAGAAUGGAGAAAGCUUGACUAUAACUGACCUAGGGAUUAGUCAGGAUGCAAAACCACAGCAGUGGCAAUAAAGUAUUGCUAUGAAGUGUGUGUGUGGAGUUCUGCCUGUAAUAGCAGCGUUGAUGACAUCUAGCAAAUACUAACAAGCAGCAAAAGUACUGUAAGGCAUACAGCAAAAGUCUGACUGCUUAAGCUAGACAGAAAAGAAAAAAG